GACAUGUACGGAUCAUCGACUCUGACUCGCUUCGGCUUUCAACGUGUGUACCCUCCUCUCCGGGCCCCGCUCCGCGUGCGACCAAGCUCGGACAGCCUACCUAGUUCUUAUCUCAUGUUCUCGCGGGGGAGUAACUGACCGAUAUCGCGCCGCUACACGCGCUCCAUUAAAAAUGCAGCCCAACAGAGGCCGCAGUCUAUAGACACACAUUCACGUGCGCACUGUCGUACCCCUCUUUCUUUUUCCCUUUUCCCAGCCGAUCGAACGCACCACCGAUGCGUUCUAUCCCGGUGUGCGCUGCUCCUUUUCUUUCUCCUAAAUCGCAUCACGGGGACCUCUGGACCAUCUUUUCCGCCGUUACCUCGUUAAUUCUAUCAGCUUCGACACUCGCUCGCGUAAAUUUUACAUGAUACAACACCCCAUGGAGACGAGUUUAGGGUAACUUCGGUAUAUACGCCGCACUGAUCGAAAAUUCAAUUUAUCAAGUAUUAUUUAUUAUGCAGGAAAAUGAAUUACACCAACAAACUUCGUACUGUCUACUACUAUACAAAUAUAGAAAUAAGGAAUAUUUAUUUUCUUAUAUUUGAAAAAAUAACUUUAAGGAAGACCUACGCAUUUUUGCCGUAUAUUGAUACAAGAGUGGGAUAUACGGCUUACACUUAUGUGUGGCGCGUAGAUAACAAAUAACGUUCCUAAAUAAGACGUAAAAUAAGUUAUAAAAUGUAUUUACAAAGUUUAUUAGGAAACAAGAAUAAAUAUACAUACACGAAAUAAUAAUGCAAUAUUGAAGAAGUUAAUACGUGCAGAUAGUAGUAGAGAGCGCAGAUAUUGUUCAUCUUGUGGGCCCUACGAGAGAUUCUGUGGCAUUAAUCCCGCGAGUUAAAAGUGUUGUCCAAACGGAUGGAAUGUGUAGGACAUCAAAAAAAUAUAAGAGCUAAACACUCUUUUGUUGUACUCCAUUCUUUACUAUCCCCCUACACUUAUUACGAAAUAUUCGCUAAAUUCGCUCCCUUUACACUUCCCGCAAUAAUCAUUUUACGUAGGUUACAAUACAUAAUUGCGCUACUUAUUACGCCGACAAAUUGGUUCAACUCACACUAUGUGGUUUCGUCAAUCAAUAUUAACAAUAAUAUUAAACUGAAAUCACCACACGAUACCAAUAUGACAUGGCGGCACAUAGCAGAGUGAUUGCGUGCAAGUUUCUUUCACUGCUUUUAUUUUCUCUGAUUUCUGUGAUGUAAAUAUCGGAGUUACUCUAUCCCGAGAUUUCAAUACUCCGACUUCCAUCGCUCGCCUAAAGGAAGCACAGCUUUCUACCAAAUGGAACACACGGUCUCUCGUGAGUGACCUUGAAAUCAUCAUACUUGGUUCGCGCGUUGAGCGAUAUCAGCGGUACCCCGAAGGCCGACGGGCCGGCCGGCGAUAGUCACGGAGCAUUCUCGGGCCACUCUCGCCGCGACCCGCGUUCCGCAAAUCCUCGCGAUGAUUUUCCGUGGCGAUGCGAGAACUCCAACUAUUUAUAAAUGAUCCGAACCCGGUCGCGUUGGCGAACGGCUCGAGUCGACGGAGCUGCCGCUUCAUGCAGCCGCCUCGUGUGGGGAACAAUUCGCUACCCCAUGGUAAAAAUAGAAGCUCCUAGCCAGCUAGCCGAACUCUCCGAGGCUAGAGCUUGAGGCGCGCGCGGCACCGCUCUAGCCACGCUAGAGCGAGCGGACGCACGGACGAACGGAUGGACGGACCGACGGACAGACGGACAGACGUACGUACGGACCGGCGCACCGGCGCAACCGAGCCUCUGCCCGUGCGGAUGCUGACGAUGAUGCUGAUGUCGGUGCCGUGCGGAUGCUGCCGAUGUCGCGCACCGAGUUAGAACCACACCGUCCGCCGCCGUCGACGUGAAGAAAGCGCGCCCGCGCGCGCGCGCGCGUGCGAAAUCCACGCGUGUGUGUCCACGUGCGUGUGCCUGCCCGUGUAUGCGUAUAUCUACGUGUGCAUGCGUAUGCGUAUGCAUAUACACGCGUACUAAGAGAGUUCGGCUCCGCUCUGCGUUUUCCUCUUCGUCUUACUUCCACCUCGCGACACUCGUCUCGAGAUAGAUUCAGUGUCCGCCAAGGCUUCAUCGUGGGUCCAGUCCCGUGGAUCUUAGUCAUCGAUCGUUCCACCAGAUCCGGUGGAGGCGGACGUGAGAAGGCGGCGACGAGGGCGGCGAAGAAGACUACGACGACGUCGGAAGAGAAGGUGGCGGAGAAUGGAGCGACGUACAGGGCUGUUAGGCGCGUGCGAACGUUGCUGACGAGCGAGCACGAGCACGACCACGACGACGAUAACGAUCACGACCAAGACGAAGACGAGGCAAACGAAGGAGUCGAAGAGUAGUGGUAGGAGAAGAAGGCGGAAGAGGGGAAACGCGUGAAAACGAACGACAGUGCCUGCGGUAACUGCGAGAGAUGCAGCAACAACCGCACUCCGGCCAGCAACCGCCCGGGGCGCCGAACGGGGUGGCGGGGGGCGCCCAAUUGCCACAAACAGGUGGCAUAAGUCCGGCGCAACCUGGCGCGACCGGCACCACCGCGAGUCGCGCGCAAGUUAACGGAGGCAGAUUUGACUUUGAUGACGGUGGAACCUAUUGCGGUGGCUGGGAGGACGGAAAAGCUCACGGCCACGGAGUAUGCACCGGGCCCAAAGGUCAGGGCGCCUAUUCCGGCAGCUGGCACUUCGGCUUCGAGGUAUCCGGAGUCUACACCUGGCCCAGCGGAUCAGCCUACGAGGGGCAAUGGCAGAAUGGCAAGAGGCAUGGCCUGGGCAUGGAGACCCGUGGCCGUUGGCUUUAUCGGGGAGAAUGGACUCAGGGAUUCAAGGGUCGCUACGGGGUUCGGCAGUCUACCACCUCCACGGCGAGAUACGAGGGCACGUGGUCCAGCGGCCUGCAGGACGGUUACGGCUCCGAGACUUACGCCGACAGCGGUACGUAUCAAGGCCAAUGGCUCCGCGGCAUGCGGCACGGUUAUGGGGUGAGAGCGAGCGCACCGUUCGGUUUGGCCAGCCACUACAAACCUCCGAAGCAAGUGAGAGCGUCCUUGACGUCGUUAAGGAGCGCCGACGGCGGACCAGCAGUCGCCCCGACGCCGGAACCCACCGACAGGAGGGAUCGACGCGUAGACGACAGCCGGGGAGGAUUCGUUCUGAAAGCCAGGAGCGACGAUCCGCCCGCCCGGAGAAAAAGUCUCACUGAAAAGUCCCUGAAGAAGGGUAUUCUCUCGGGUCUCAAGAUACGAAAGCAGAGGAGUACGGGUGAUUUAGAGAAGCGCGGCACUGGCGGUAGUAUUAGAAGUAAUGCCAGCUCGGCAUCAUGGAUGUCGACCGAGAGCUCGCAGAGUCAGGCCUCGGCGUCGGUUCACACGGACAGCAAUGCGUCCUUUGUCAUCGAGGACGAGCAGAUGGACGCGUCGGUGACCGAGACGUACCUGGGUGAAUGGAAAAACGACAAGAGGACCGGCUUCGGCAUAUCCGAGAGAAGCGAUGGGCUGCGAUACGAAGGCGAGUGGUUCAACAAUCGCAAAUAUGGUUACGGUGUCACUACGUUCCGCGACGGCAGCAAGGAGGAAGGAAAAUACAAGAACAACGUGCUUAUCACUAGCCAGAAAAAGAAGCACCUCUUCCUGAUCAGGUCCGCCAAGUUCCGUGAAAGGAUAGAGGCGGCGGUAAGCGCUGCUCAGCGGGCGAGUAAGAUUGCUCUGCAGAAGGCCGACAUCGCUAUCUCCAGGACGGCGACGGCGCGGGGUAAGGCAGAGUUGGCUGAUAUCGCCGCCGAUCACGCCAGGGAAGAUUCCGAGCUAGCGCAACAAACGGCAAGGCAGUUCGCGCCGGACUUCCGGCAGCCAGGUUUAGAAAGGUUGCGAAACAGAGAGAUACCCAAAUACGUUCCGCCGCCGCAGGACUCCAUGCCGAGCAAAAGUAUCUUGCACAAGACGGCCAGCGUGGAUCAGCCCAGCAGCGCCACGCCGAUCAAAAAUGCCUCGUUAUCCGUCGAUUCUACAACGACGGCAACAACGACGACGAACGCGAUGCCAGCAUCCGUGGCGAACAAUACCGCCAGCAGUGUGAUGCAAUCGAUACGUAGGACCAGUAUGAAGCCGCUGCCACAGAAUCAGCUGCCCAUGCAAAACCAAAUACCGAAUCAGGUGCCGCUGGCGAACCAAGCGUCCAUUAACCAACAGAAUGUGCAGCAGACUUCGCUGACUGGUCAGAAUCCGUACCAAUAUCCGUAUCAGCAGCAGAGCAUGUCGCAGAACCCAGCUCCGAUGAGUCAGUACCCGAACAGUAUACCGAACCAAUACAGCCAGCAACACCAGCAGUACGCCCAGAACAAUCCGUACCAGUCGCAGUAUCAACCGGCUAAUCCAUCUCAGGUUGAACAAUAUCCCGGUUAUCAGCAACAACAGCAACAGCAGCAACCCAUCGAGUCCCAUGACUUUCAAAAUUUGCAGGCUUAUCCCAGUCAGCAGAUGUAUCUACAACAGUCGUUUAGGUACGAUCCCAUGACAUUCGCCCAAAUGAAUCAGUUUGAUGCGCAGUUUUACGGUACUGCAAUACCCAAUCAAUAUGGACCUGGUCAAAUGAAUCAGUACAAUUCACAAUCGAUGUACGCACAACAAACGCACCCGUCACAACAGUAUCAGCCUGAUGGUAUUAUGGAUGCGAGGCCGCCGAGCUCAACGAGUUUACGAAGAAAUAGUAGAGUCCUGAGUCCUCAGGAUCGACCAGGCGCCAUUGGCCAAACACUAAACGACAGGCUGGAUCACUACAAGAGGCCACCUAGUCGCGACAGUUCCGUAGAUCGUUAUGCCAGAGCGCAUUCCCGAUUGAUUGGAUCGAGACAGCCAUCCGUCGACAGAACUAUACCGAACCCAUCGAACCCGGAUAUGCUCGACAGAUCGACGAGAGCACCGAGCGUGAUACGAGGGGGGACGCCUCUGAACGGCUCCGUGAUAGGUAGCGGCGCCGCGACGCCGACGUACGCCGUGCCGACUCCCAGCCAGUUCGAGGGGGCUCUCAUAAAAAACCGUGGCCUUGGACAGGACAUUCUGCCGAGUCCUGGGCAGCCUAAGCGCACUGAGAGCCUCUACGUAGCUCGCGGACCAUCCGGCGGUGGGGGCGGUGGGGGCGGUGGCGGAGGUGGGGGCGGUGGCGGCAUUGUGCCGAAGGAAGCAGACCGGACGGUCCCCGCCUUCGCCGCAACGUCAAAGGGCCGCGCAACCCUAUGAGUAUAAGUAUAAAAUAUGUAUACAGAGCGAUGUUAGACGCGACUGCGGUUGACAAGAGAGCGCAGCUCUCGAGGUGUGCUCGCGCCGCACCUCGGGCCGAAUCGGAAAAACUAAUGAGAAAUCGCAACCGCGUUCCGGUCACUGUUUCCGCCCAACUCAUUCCGACGUUGAACAAAUUCAGAACGAAUUAAGUUCCGAUAUAGCCAAUAUCUGUCCCCGGGGCAGCUUUGAACGCGCGCGUUGGCGAUAUUUUUCUAUGAAUUUACGAGUCUCUGCAUCGUCUGAUGUUACCUUAACUAGCAAAGACGCGACUGCUGCGCGGCUUGAACGCUGUGUCCGAAUAGUUCAUUGCCGAUCGGAUUUACGCACGUGCACCUGACACGUACGCUGAAAGUGUGGGGCAGGUUUCCAGAGCGGGGCCUUAUACGAAAAAUGCGGAGAAUUUUCUAGUAAUGAACAUUUUUCGUGACAAAUUUUGGUGCUACGUUACGGGACGUAAUGCUUGUCUCGGAUGAGAGACACUUGUACCUGGUGUAGAUCGCUAUUAGCUGUUUAACAUGACGCCGCCGCGAUGCCGAACAAUAAAGACGCUCAUUAAUAGAGUUCGCGGUCAAAGGGAGCGCAUUCGAAAUGAGCAAUGCAUAUUUAUGGGAGACUUAUUUUUCUAAUGGGAACACACUGCGAGCCUAGUGAGUGGCACGAUUUGUUCACUCACACGGACAAUCUAGUUUUUGAUCGUCGACGUUGAUCCUGGAAUAAAUCCGCGAUUGCGUGAUGUCAACGCGCUGCGUUUGGCAAUAGCGCACGUACGAUUAAUAACAAAUACCUCACUGUUGCGCAACGAGUUCCAGAGUACAGGAAGAUAGUGUGAGCUGGUUAAUUCGCCGUAACGAAAGUAUCACUGAUAAGGAAAGCGCGAAUUGUUUCAGGAUUAAAUAAACGACGAUCAAAGCGUAGCCGACGAGAAAGAGGUGUAGAGCUUAAAGAUUUCCGAGGUAUCUUAGAUCGUGUUUCGCGUCUUGGUCGCGAAAGAGGAUCGCUGUCGUUAGGAAACGCUAUUGAGAAACGGAAUUGUGUGCUAGAGCGAUUUGCGGAUUUCGCAAAGCGCGCUUGAAAAACGACAACGAGAUUGGCAACGACACGACCGCGUCGCCUCAUUGUAUCAAUUCGAGAUACGAUCUAUUGCGCUCAUUGGGCAACAUGCGAGAUCGCCGACGGACCAGUUCAACGAACAAUAAAUGUAACACUAUGUACAGUUCCUUUCAGCAAGAGCGAAGAAGCAACUAAAUGCCCUCCGAUUUAUUUAUUUAUUUUUUUCCGCUCGGUACACUCUCUAUAACCUAGUCAAAUAAGAUUAAAUCGCGCAGAAGUAACGCGAGAGUAUAAAACUUAUAUUUACGAGCAUAAACGGACAUGUCUGUGUAUAUGUACGAUGUAUGUAUAAUGUAUAUGUAUAGAUAUUUGCACACAGAACCGACCAUGCUAAAACCGGAGUGACGUGCGAGUUGGCUCUCCACUUUGUAAAAGCGGCUGAUAAAGCGAAACGAAUCCACGUUCGCAGAUUCUUCUACAUUACAUGUGACAUUCCGUUUCUUUUCCUCUUCUCUUUCUUCUUCUUUGCGAAUAGCUAUUGCGAAUCGAGCAUUAGACAAUCUACGUUAAUUGCAUGCGCACAUAUAUACACGUGUAAACACGUGCGCGCAGCUGAGUAAAGCCUGUGCAGCGCACGCUCAUUACGUCCAUUAACCAAGCUAAUUAACGGACUUCGGAAGGUAAGCCUUAGCGCGCGGCGUGGAGGCGGGGACCGUAUUUUUGCUCUUCCAUUCUAUUUUAACCCUCUUUAACCAUAUUUUUAAGCUUCUUUCGACCCUUCUUCCGAGCUUUCUCGCUCUAGCCACCUCUCCUCAAAUUAUUUGCCUUAAGUUAAUUCGACUGAUCGAUAUCACUCCAAUUCAAUUUCGCCAUACUGUAUUUAGGCUUAUAGCCCAAAUGAUCUUACGUUCGGCUUAUCAAAUAUUAGUAGUGCCAUAUUACAGAGGGGGAGACUGCUAAUUGUUAUUACGCGUCGUGAUCGCAAACGUACGAGCUUUACGAGGGACUCGCUUAUCUACCACCUCCACGCCGCUUCUUUUUUCCUCUUUUCUCGUUGGAGACGUUUUUCUAACGCAUGCUUGUCAUGAAUUCGAGUCUAUAUAUUUAGCGCCACACAGUGGGGAUAAAAUAUAAAUCUAGCUGGACAAAACUAUCCAAUUUUUUAAAGAUAAUAAAUAGCGCUGUGUCAAUAAGAAUUUCUCUACUCGCUGAUUUCGAAUUUGAAUUUAAAUUUAGAAAAUGAGCUUGAGUUGAGACUCAACAGAGCUCAACUGGGUUUUAUCAUAAUUUAUACAAGUUACUUUGUUACAACGUACUAUGCGUAAUAAUAGACAGAUUUUUUAAUUAGGUGUACAAUUUAACUCUCGGUUUUUUUAAAGAAAAUAUAUUAUUUAUUUACAAAAAAAAAACAAAUAAUCUUUCAAUCUUCAAAAUAGUCUCCGUUACUUUCUAUACAUUUCUGCUAUCUUUGAGAUAACUGACGAAAUCCGCUUUGGAAGAAAGUUAUUGGUUUUGAGUCGAUAAACUCGUCGAUACUUUUGCUGACCUCCUUGGGAGACUUAAAGUGAGAAUCAACCGGUGACAUCACGGAAUCGGAAAAGAUGGUAAUCCAAAGAGGCAAAAUCUGAAGAAUACGCCGCGUAAGAGAAAAUUUUUCUGUCCAAGUUGGAGAUAACUUCCAAGGUUGCUUUUACCGUGUGCGCGGCCGCGCGUCAUGAAACAGAAUCCAACGGCCCGUCUUUUGAAUCUUAUCAAGCUCAUGUACGUUUCGAAAUCGCUUGUUGGCUCAUCGCAAGUGUAUUUACAAACUCUGAUUGAGUCUGACAAGAAUUUUCUUCCAAAAGUUGUUCCAAUUCUUUGUCUUCAACAUUUUUCGGUUGUUUAAGGAGUUUUUCAUUCCGAAGAUUGAAAUUACCGUCCCGAAACUUUUGAAACCACUUUUUACAUAAGACACAGCAUUUUCACCCAAGAUUGAAUAAAUUAUUUUCUUUAGCUUCGCUGGCAUUUUUCUUUAGUUGAAAUGCUAAAAGGAGGCAGUGCUUCAGAUACUUUUCGAACGACAUCGCUUUUACUACUGUUUUUUGAGGUUAUAUCAGCAACACCGUCAACUAUACUUAAAAAUGACUAUAAACAAUUUAAAUUUGAAUAGUUGAUAUAAUUGAUUAAAUGUAGGGACCGAGAAUUAAGUUGAACACUUAAAAUAAAUUGCAAUUGUAUAAUUCUAUUUCAAUAUCAGGCAAUGUAUCUUCCAAAUUAUAAUAUUAUAAUAGAAUAUCUUCAAAGAUUGCAAAAAGUAGUACAUCAUUUUUACUGCAUUUAAAUUACAUACUACAAAAAUCUAAUGAUAGUAUCAUUUUUUUUUACUCUACAUAGAAAACUAAUCAUACAAAAUAAAAUAAUAUUUUUCUUAAAAAUUGAAAGAGACAUAAUUUUAUCUUUUGAAGAAAUACAAAAAUAUUAAAAUUUAAUUAUGAAAACAUGAUUUUGUAAUUAAGAAACAAUUUUUUUUGUAAACUGUUUUUUGUAAACUGUUCUUAACCGAUAAAUACCGAUUGAUGUAAUAAAUGUAUAAAAACAACAUCUUAUAGAACCACUUAUCUCAUUGGUGGUUUUGAAUCAAGGACUUAAUAAUGAGUAGAUACUUUAAUUAUUCAAUAUGCCACUUUGACUUGUUAUUGCCUAGAUACACGAAAAAAAUUGCUACGGUUGUUACGGCAAUAUUUUUUAUUUUAGGAAAAAAAUAUAUGUGAAUUCAAGUUAUACUGAUAUUAAGUGGAAUGCAGUUGUUAAGAUAUGCUCAUUUAUAUGAUUCUUAUAACCGUAAUUUUUUAUGAUAAGUACACAGAAAAAAAUUAGUAUCAGUUUAACAAUCAUAUUUUCAAACACAUAUAAACGAGAGUGUAAAAUUUUCUUGAAAGAAUUUGAUAAUCUUGAACAGACAUAACUUACAUGAAGAAACAAAACUUUUAGUUACGAUUUAUAUCCAAUUCUUUCAAGAAACUUUUAUAUUCUUUCUUAUAUAUGAGAAUAUGAUUGUUGAUUUGAUAAUUUUUCUUUUUGUGUAAUAUUCAGUUAGAAUAUCUUUAUAUGCGGUUGCCUCAAUCAAAGAAUUAUUGCGCUCUCUCUCUCUCUCUCUCUCUCUCUCUCUCUCUCUCUCUCUUUCAUAUGGUCUGCAAAAUAAAUAAGAUCGAUGAUUAAAAGAUUUAUAAAAUAUAGUUGCAUAGCACAGCACUGAGAAUUCGGUUUUAUUAUAGUAAUAGAAUAGACAGCACUAGUAACUCGCAAAAAAUUUUCAAAUAUAAAAUCAAGUGUACGUUACUGUGAUUCUCUUGUGCACAUUAUAUUCUCAUCAAGUGUCCGUAGUAUGCCAGCAGAUUAGCAGCAAUUGUAUCCUCAUUAAACUCGUGUUCUUCCGGCAGAGUCUGCCGAUGUAAUUUAAGCUAAUCUCAUGGCAGAUUGGUAACAGAUUUUGCUCGAUUCUGCUGCCAAUUUGCAUCGCAUUACUAAACUGAGUUUAGAGCUGUUCUAUUUCUGCCACCAAUUCGCUGCUAAAUAAACUAUUCUAUUAUAUUUCUGAUAACAUGCUAUUAUCGUGAUCUGAUAAUCCGGUUGUAUUAUAAUUAAAUUACGAUCGUGACGCACAUAAAGCAGCUAAAGUUGAAACUUACUAAAGUUGAAACAACCGUAUAAGUCGCUUCCAGAUCUUCUUUGUUAUGCUUUUCAUAACUCUUUUAUGUGGAUAGAAAGUAUAUUAUUCUAAGGCAACCUUAAUUUCUUCCGUGUAUAUUUAGUACAUCUUUUUAAACUAUUAUACGUUAUAAGAAUUAUUUAUUAUUACAUCUGUAUUAAUUAAAAACGUUUAAAAAAUUUAUUACAAUUUUUUAAACGUUUCUAAUUGAUACAGAUAUAAUACAAUAUAAGAAUUGUUUAUUAUACUUAUACCUAUGCCAAUUAUACUAUUCAUAUGGACCAAUGUACGUACAUAUGAAUAGUAUAAUAUGGUAUAAUUACCAUAUUUGUGUUUAUUGGGUACAUUAUACUAUAUUGAAAGUUUAUUGGAGAAACCAAUUAUUAUGAGCGUUAUUAAUUGCGGUAUCAAAAUGUUUUACCGAUCUUAUUAGAAUCUGCCGUAUACAGUACAAACAAUACUUAAAUUUACUUAAAAAUAUAGAUUUUUUUUAGUUUUGUCCAGCUAGAUGCACAAUUAAUUCUUUUGUGCGCCUUGAGCAUAGACAAGGGACUUGUUAAAAUGAAAGUAAAUCGCGGGGGGGAGAGACGUUCGAGACGAUACGAGCCUUAAGCACGCAGGAGCCUAAUUAAAUCUACGAUGUUAGUCGAUAUACAUAUAUAUAUAUACGAACGUUAUAUUGUAGUACGUUACUUGUUUCACGCACGCAUAUGAAUCAUCGCGUAGACUAAUUUGCCGCUUACUAAUAACGCGAAGGAAGAGAUGUAUACGAAGAGAAGUGCGAAAGCUUAUUUUAUAUACUGAGAGAAAUGAAUGCUCGAGAGGAAGGAGAGAACUAAGAACGCGAGUUUUACGACCGCCUGUGUUAAAUGUAUUUAUACACCGACGAUUCUUUAUACAGAAAAAAAACGUCCAAGUUACAUAUUGAAUAUGCUCCGUAUAAAUAAGGCUAAUACUCGAAGUUAUAAGCAGAUAACGUGGCGAAAUUGUGUACGAUAGUAAGAUUAAGGAGAGGAGACCUAAGGAUCGAUUUUGCCAAUGACACUUGUAACUGUGAGCCUAAUUCUUAAACGGUCUAAUAUAAUCGGAACGUGAAAUUCUAAUGAUUCUAAUCGAUAGAAAUUAUAAUGAUGAAGAUCGCACAAACAAGAUACUACUCUUUGAGGUUUUUAAUUAAACUAUGAAGGAAUACUCGCUAUAUUUUCAUACAGGACCGAUUUAACGGUAUGUAAUAUAUCUGCGUUAACAUCUUAAGUCACAAAUCAUGGUUUCGACAAUAACGACGGUUGCACAAAGGGAAGAGAGGACACGGCGAGGAGGAGUUUAUGAUUUAGGCGGAUCCGCAUAUAAAAUGCAGCAAUGCGUAAAUGCAAUUCCAAAUGCAACAUUCCCAAACAAACACUUGAAUUCUGACUUAAGUCGUUAAUCUACCCAUGUGUUCACACAAGUUACUCGCUUAUGACGAAUUUCAAGUGUAGUAUCGCGCGAUUGUUCGGAAAGGAGAUAGUACGAAAGAAGCAUCGACAUUUUGUCAACGUUGAAAAUAAGUAAGGGAAAGUUACCAAUACUGGCAUUUUGUUUUGAAGUAAUAUUUCUUAAGCAAAAUAAUAAUAAUAUAAAAAUAAAACUUUAAAAACAUGAAUAAAACUUAAAAAGUAUCUUUUAUCAGAUGGUAUACCAAUUUUUGUAGUACUGUUUCGUAUUUUAUAUUAAUUAAUGUUUCUACAAUAUAACUUAAAAGAAGUGUCUGAAAAAUUGAAUUCCAAAACUGGCAUAGGAAGCAGUAUAACAGAAUUCAGACACGGCCUCAUAGGAAAUAAAUUAACUAUAAAAUAAAUUGAUAAAAACACUCUUUGAACGCUAAGAAUGUAUGCUGUAAAGAUAAACUAAACAAAAUAUAUUUUUAUAUAUUAAACAGAAAGUUUAUAAAAUUAAAAGACUAGGAUUGAAUUUUUCCAUUUUAUACCUUUUUUUUGCUUAUUAGUGUACACGUGUGUCUGACGCUAUUUAAUUUUCUUACCUUAAGAUAUUAAAAGAAAUGUGAAAAAAUUUAUAAAACAUCUGUCAAUAUUGUAUUUGAAGAUUUCGUAGUUAUUGUCUAUUCCUACGAAGAGGUGUACCGGUUUACGCUGCACAACAGUUUUAUAUUCCAAACCGCACUACAAAAAAAAUAUAAAAGAGGAACGUAUAAACGAAACAGUUCUAAGAAGCUAUAAACGUAAAAAAUAAUCUAAAAUUACCAAUAAUAUACUCACUAUUGUAUUUUUAAACUAUGCAAUUUGCAAAAAAAAAGAUCGUACAAAAUUUAUUCUUGCUUUCCAAAAAUUCAUUUUUGACAGACUUCAUGUAAUAAAAACCGUAAAUGUAUAAACUAUAAGUUUUUAUUUCUUUAAUUAUUUAAGCAGAUCGUGUUUUUGUCAGUAUUAAUACAGUGCAAUGUUUAGUUUCCGAAAAACAAGAGGAUGCUGCUUAAGAGGUAUGCCAGCAUUGGCGACUUUCUUCUAUACUUUUUUUAAUCUCGCACUCAAGUGCCAACCUUGCGAAAAGCGUUGUUCUGUUUGACCUUACGCGAGCUUUUUUAGACUAUUUAACGUGUCAGAUAUAAUCACGUUCUUAUUUAUAGAGUGACGCACAAUUAUUUGUAGACACAUAGACGUAUAGAUGUAGACGAUCAGGCGAGGAUCGAAAUAGAUAAUGUACAUACUCGGUAAAAUUAUUCAGACUACGUUCGAGAAAGUUGAUCUUAAUGUAGAAAACUACUGAUUUCCAUUCACCAAACACAACGACGUUGCAAACGUUGAUUCAAUGUAUUGAAUGUAUUUAUGUAUAUCAUGUAUAAGCUGUUACUGAUGACAGAUUAAAGAGCAUCGCGUAAAUCGGA